UCAGGGAGGGCGGAGUCAGGCGAUUGUUCCCAUGGUACUUUGCGCGCAGGUGUCAUGGCCGCUCUCUAGGCAGCAUCGGUGCGGGUGUUUAUUAUUGUUAAUAAAGCGCUUUGAUUCUUUAUCGCAUGUAUGUAACAAAUCUUAAGGAUUAUCUGACUUUACCGCGAGCGCGCUAAAACUUCUUCAGGACGCGUCGAAGCCUUACAGAGGCAGUAUAUUUAGUCAUAAGCUAAACUACGCUAGCAGUUUUGCAUGAAGUGAGUUUAUAAACUCAGAAUAACUCAUAAUCCAGCUCACACACGCGCUUAGAAACUCAAAGGAGCUCGUUUCCAUUACAAACAGCUUUUGAUACGGAGACUAUGAGCACACAGUACAGUAUACUAUUCAAGCAGGAGCAUGCUCAUGAAGAUGCCAUCUGGACGGCGGCAUGGGGUCGCAGCGAGAAGGAUGGGUCAGAAACCAUUGUGACCGGCUCUUUGGACGACCUGGUGAAAGUGUGGAAAUGGUCGGAUGAGAAGCUGGAGCUGCAGUGGACGCUGGAGGGUCACCAGCUGGGUGUGGUGUCGGUGGACAUCAGUCAAAACGGAGCGAUCGCCGCCUCCAGCUCUCUAGACGCUCACAUCCGGCUCUGGGAUCUGGAGACGGGCAAACAGAUCAAGUCCAUGGAUGCAGGCCCUGUUGAUGCCUGGACAGUCGCCUUUUCUCCUGACUCCAAAUACAUCGCCACCGGCAGCCAUCUAGGGAAGGUCAACAUCUUCGGCGUGGAAAGUGGGAAAAAGGAGCAUUCGCUGGACACCAGAGGGAAAUUCAUUCUGAGUAUCGCCUACAGUCCAGAUGGAAAGUACUUAGCCAGCGGUGCUAUAGACGGAAUCAUUAAUAUCUUUGAUAUUGCGACUGGGAAACUCCUGCACACGCUGGAAGGGCAUGCGAUGCCUAUCCGGUCUCUGACUUUCUCUCCAGACUCUCAGCUGCUGGUAACCGCGUCAGACGACGGCUACAUCAAGAUUUAUGACGUGCAGCACGCUAACCUGGCCGGCACUCUCAGCGGUCACGGAUCCUGGGUGCUGAACGUGGCCUUUUCACCCGAUGACACACACUUUGUGUCCAGUUCGUCUGAUAAGAGUGUAAAAGUGUGGGACACAAGCAGCAGAUCCUGUGUAAAUACAUUCUUUGAUCAUCAGGAUCAGGUUUGGAGUGUGAAGUACAACCCUACGGGCUCUAAAAUAGUGUCUGCGGGUGAUGACAGAGCCAUCCAUGUUUACGACUGUCCCAUGUGAAUCACCACAAAACUACAGCCUCCUGAUGAAGCUCUGUAAGAGUCACAGCCUCUCAAGACCACAGCAUGCAUAAAUGAUUUUUUUUUAUUUCAUUGCCAACUUCAACAUCUGUAUAUGGUGAUACAAAUAAAUGUCUUUUUUUUUUUAGUUGUUGCUGUUUGUCUUGUUCAGGAUUCACACAUUCAUUUUGACCAAUGGUGUUGUGUGACAUUUUUAGUAGGAUAUGUAUUUUAUUAUGAAAUGUAUAUUCAUUAUAGAGUUUAAUUACUUAAAAUCAAAAUGUUAAAUUCCCUGAUCUUUCCAGCUUUUUCACAAAACUGAUCGCUGUCUGCCCUCUACAGGACACUAAAUGUUACUGUGCCAAUUCAGAGUCCUUGAUAGUUUGGUCUGUAUUAUAGCAAACGUGUGUAAAAAUGAAUUAUGAUACAUAAAGAUCCAAAGUAGAA